GUAGUCUCAAGCACUCGAUACUGCUGGUUAGAUGGUCUUGUGUCGAUAGAUCAGUCUGGAGAUCGUAGUUCUUUGAGUCGAGCUGCAGGUAGAAAUUCGAGUGGUGCAGGAGAGAUGGACUCCGAUUUACCCGAUUUCGGAAAUCAAACGUUCGCUAGUGCCUCAAAGAAGCUCAUUAGCUGUCUUCUUGCUUCCCAGUAUCUCUGGCUUUCUUGCUUGUCUUUAGAGCUGGACACCGAAUCAGGUGGGUCUUCCUUGUCUUUAGGGCUGGACACCGAAUCAGGGCUGGACACCGAAUCAGGUGGGUCUUCUGUGUCUUUAGGGCUGGACACCGAAUCAGGUGGGUCUUCUCGUUUCCUCAUGUUACAUAGAGGGCAUGUGUUUGAUAGGCAAUCGUGUUCGGUACGUAGUCUAAACUCAUCAACGGCUAUCUGUGAAGGUGUUUUGUCAAGCAAUCGUGUCCGGUACGAAUCUGUGCAGAGGGCAUGUGGGUUGAGUGUAUACUCCCAGUCUGUGAAAGGGGGCUGGUUGAGUGUAUACCCCUAUUCUGUGAAGGCGUUUUGCCAGGCAAUCGUGUCCGGUUACAUAGAGGGCAUGUUUGAGUGUAUACUCCCAAUCUGUGAAGGUCCAUGUGGGUUGAGUGUAUACUCCCAAUCUGUGAAGGUGUACAUGUGUUUUGAUAGGCAAUCGUGUUCGGUACGUAGUCUAAACUCAUCAACGGUCGAUUCUCGCCGCCGGACUUUGUCUGGACCAUUCACAACUCUGCGGGUUUUCAGAGUGUUCCGUGUAUUCAAAUUCUCGCGUCAUUCUCAAGGUCUCCGUAUCCUUGGUUACACUCUCAGAUCCUGUGCAUCUGAACUCGGCUUCCUCCUCUUUUCCCUCACCAUGGCUCUAAUUAUAUUUGCCACAGUUAUCUACUAUGCUGAGCGGGCUGUCCCUAAUACAACCUUCAUUAGUAUUCCUGCGGCAUUCUGGUAUACUAUCGUGACAAUGACCACUUUGGGUAACCUGAGUGUACAUUGUUAA